AAUGAGAGGGAGCAGAUCAUGACAACAAACUGUUGGCUCACUCAGUCAUGGAAUGACUACAGAUUAAUGUGGGACCCCGAAGAGUAUGACGGCAUCAAGAAAAUACGUCUACCGUCACAAAACAUCUGGCUGCCAGACAUCGUCCUCUACAACAAUGCCGAUGGGACCUAUGAAGUCUCCUUCUACUCUAAUGCUGUGGUUUCCAACAACGGUGAGGUAGCCUGGCUUCCACCAGCCAUCUACAAGUCUGCUUGUAAAAUUGAAGUCCGUGACUUCCCCUUCGACCAGCAGAACUGCACCCUUAAGUUUCGCUCUUGGACCUACGACCACACGGAGAUCGACCUCAUCCUUCUCAGUGACUUUGCCUCACGUGACGACUUCAAACCCAGUGGCGAGUGGGAUAUUGUUUCAUUGCCCGGACGAAAGAAUGAAGACCCUAAUGAUAUCAGGUACCUGGACAUUACCUAUGACUUUAUUAUAAAGAGAAAACCUCUGUUCUACACCAUCAACCUGAUCAUUCCCUGCAUCCUGAUAACAUCCCUGGCCAUUCUGGUGUUCUACCUCCCGUCAGACUGUGGUGAGAAGAUGACUCUCUGUAUCUCUGUCCUUCUGGCCCUCACUGUGUUUUUACUCCUGAUCUCAAAGAUUGUACCACCUACGUCUUUAGCAGUGCCUCUUAUCGGGAAGUACCUAAUGUUUUCGAUGGUGCUGGUCACCUUCUCCAUUGUAACCAGCGUUUGCGUGCUCAAUGUACACCACCGGGCCCCCAGUACGCACACCAUGCCUCCCUGGGUCAAGCGUAUCUUCUUAUACCGGCUCCCCACUUACCUCUUCAUGCGGAGACCUGGUAGCUCCAACAUUCGCGAGAAGUUCCGGAAAAAACACCAGCAGAGAUCAUACUCUGACCAGAAAAUGCAUUCCUCCUCGUCCUUCUUUGUCAAUGAGGAUUCAGCCAAACACUACGGCUGGAAGGUCAGCGACUUGUCAGAGAACACAGAGUUCAGAAAGAGGCUGACUCUCAAGUCUAACAUUGAUGUGGAGGAUGCAGUGGAUGGAGUGAGAUACAUCGCUGAGAAGAUGAAGAGCGAGGAUGAUGAUGAAGGGAUCAUUGAAGACUGGAAGUACGUGGCCAUGGUGAUCGAUCGUCUCUUCCUGUGGAUCUUUGUGUGUGUGUGCGUGGUCGGGACGUUAGGCCUCUUCAUGCAGCCUCUGUUCCAGAGUUACAACAUCCCCAUCGUUGAUGAAGUGGACCAUAAAUGAAACUUUAGAUCCCAACAUGACCCGGACAUGUACUUUGAGUCCCCCUCCCCUGCCCCCACCCCUUGAAACAGAACUCUGAUAACAUUUUAACACAAACUCACAAAUCCGCCUCACAUGCCACCUCUCACUGGAAAAUGAUAAUGAUGCACUUUAUCCCUCAACCACCACCUACUCUCCUCCAGACCUCCAUCCCUUGCCCCAUUCAUCCUGCAUCAUCAGGACUCAGCUGUCAUUCACAGAGCAACUAUAUCUUUUUAUUUCAGAUAACUUAAAGGAUCAUUCUGUUUCAUAACCAACAUAUUUUCCUAGUUUGGGCCAUUGUUCAGUGGACAUAAUCAUGAUCUCAAGUUAAAAUAAACCAGAAUUAUCUUUGAAUUCAAAAUGUGAGGUGAAACCACCUUUCAGCCAUGAUGCUGUUGCUUGGGGGAUAAAUAUGUAUAUCAGCCUUUUCCAGUGUCACCCCUGUCACAUAUCAGAGUGUUAUCUUUCCAACACCAACUCGGGAUUUUUUUUCCUGUUUAGAACAGACUUGUUUUGCAAUUUUGUCCUGAACCAUCUCUCUGUAUCUAAAUCAAAUGGCCCCACAGGACACUAUUGCACCAGCAUGCAUACAACACUGUUUACUUGUUAUAAUUUCUGUAUUUGAACUUGGAGGGAAAACGCCCAAAGACGGACAAAGCCUCAGAGAGCCUCUGCAGAUAAGGGCCUCUCAUCAAGGAGCAUCAAGAGUUCCUACUAUGUACCGUCCAUAGAAGGUCAACUCUAAUUUCCCUUUCCCUAAAGCACACAUGCUGUAUGAAUUUCUUAUAUUUGCCUUGAAAAUUAGGACACAAUACAGCAAACUGUUGGACUGUUUACACCUUUCUUUCAGCCCGGUGAGACAAACUGUUCGAAUCCAUGUCAAAGUGUUGAUGUGUGUAAAAUGGAGGGGGGUUAUUACAAUGUAGAGAUUAACAAUACAAAACUAAAAACCAAUGGCCAUAAGGCUGUUGUUGCUCACAAUGCCUUUUGGGAUACAGGUACAGUAUCUGCUCGAGUCAUCAAAGCCAUGCUCGUCAGUAAUCCAUCACUAAGGAAACCAGCAGCAAUAAUAUUGUACAGUAUUUUCUACACUGAUCGUGAGCAAAUUAACCAACGGGUCUGACUCUUCACUUGCUCUGUCUUCAUCAUACUGUACUUGCUAUUAUCGCAGUCCGUUAUCAGAAACAUUACUUGAAUCUGUGCUCUUUGAUUAUUUGUACUAUAACUGGUCUACGGAGCGGCGAAGGGUACAUGGGCAAAAAAAAAAAAAAUGUUUCCCCCAGCAAUCUACUCGGGUGGAAUUACUAAUUACUAAUAAUGAAAAAUCUUCAAAACAAUGCUAAAUCAUAUUUUUCUAAAAUGUGUGUGCAUGCAAUACUUUCUGGAAGAAAACUUUAAUAUAUUUUUUUAUGCCCAUGUUUCCUUAGGGGCUCUGUACUGGUCACCAUCAUAACGCACUUGCUGUCAAUGCUUCCAAUUUUAGCCAAGGAAAAGGUGAACUAAUCCAGCAGCAUUUUUUUUUUUUUUUAGGAAAUUCAUCUAAGCAUAAUUUUGUUUCCUCAAACUGGCCAAUAAUGUUGUGUGACUUGUUGACUUUUGUCUGUCCUGACAGUAUAUAAGGAUGGACAGCAUGACUCCCCAAGUGAAGUCAAACUCUCAAUCCAAUCCAACUGGUGGCUUAGGUGCAAUAUAAGUCAUAACCCUGCCCCCCUCUCAUCCAUGUUAGUGGGCGGGACAUGGACCAAACCGUUUCUCAAAGAAGGUUUCUGUCAUUUUAGGCAGUUCUUGUGAUGUUUGUUCAAGUGUUCAUGUUUCCACUAAGUCUGGUUUUAAUUAGUUAGUUGAUGCUAUAAUGGGGUCAAACAUCAGGAUUGACAGCUGAGCCUUACUCACGAUUGGUGGAGCACGUGUAUCGGUGGGACCUCUACCGCGGCUCCAUCCCCUAAUUACUACUGUGCAGACUCUGGCUCCAAGUAGUGCCAGAUGGCUGCGUUCCUGUCCAGCAUUCGUAUCUGGGAAUGUUUGGCUUCAUUUCUGCAUUGUGUAAACAUGUCAUCCAUCUUUAUAUGCAGUCUUUGGUCUUGACAAAAAAUACAAAGAAUUACAAGAAGGAACUGUGAUGGUAUGUGAUGUCUUACUAUCUAGAUCAAUAAAGGGAAAUGAAAGCAACAUGCAAACCUGAUGAAUCUCACAGUAUUAGUUUGUUAGAGGUUACAGCUUAUUAAUUGUAGCAUUAUCCA